CAAACACACGUCUCCGCUAUACUCGGUCCUCCUCCGCCUCCUCCUCCUCCUCCUCCUCCUGCUCCUCCUCGCAUCAUGCAUCCAGAGAGACAGAGCUCUACCGGCCAGUGACGAGCGUGUGACCACAGAGCCGAGCGCGUCCACUGACCGUGCGUAAACACCCCAGGACGAGGAGAGACCGUGCGUUGUUCUCCCUUCUCCCACCGCUGGAAGCCAAAAACAGGCGGGGUCGAGAGUUUCUGGAGGACUUUUUUUCACUAUAAUUAUAACUAUAUUUAUUUAAAGAGGAAUAUUUUUGUUCCCGAGCCCCUUUUCACCAAGGACAUGGAGUACACGUCAUCCCCGAAACCGCAGCUGUCAUCCCGGGCAAAUGCUUUUUCCAUAGCGGCCCUGAUGUCCAGCGGGAAGCCGAGCAAGGACAAGGAGACGGAGGAGAGCACCAUCAAGCCCCUGGAGCAGUUCGUGGAGAAGUCCUCGUGCAACCAGGCUCUGGCGGACCUGUCCUCCCUGGACGCGCACGGCGGCGACUUCAGCGGGAGCGCGCCCUCGGUGUGCACGGAGCCCCUCAUCCCCACCAACCCCGGCGUCCCCAGCGAGGAGAUGGCCAAGAUCUCGUGCACCCUGGAGACCAAGGAGCUGUGGGACAAAUUCCACGAGCUGGGAACCGAGAUGAUCAUCACCAAGUCCGGAAGGAGGAUGUUCCCCACCAUCCGGGUCUCUUUCUCCGGGGUGGACCAGGACUCGAAGUACAUCGUGUUGAUGGACAUCGUCCCGGUGGACAACAAGCGGUACCGGUACGCCUACCACCGCUCCUCCUGGCUGGUGGCCGGCAAGGCCGACCCUCCUCUGCCCGCCAGGUUGUACGUGCACCCGGACUCCCCGUUCACCGGAGAGCAGCUGAUGAAGCAGAUGGUUUCCUUCGAGAAGGUGAAGCUGACCAACAACGAGCUGGACCAACACGGACACAUCAUCCUGAACUCGAUGCACAAGUACCAGCCCCGAGUCCACAUCAUCAAGAAGAAGGAGCACACCGCCUCGCUGCUCAACCUCAAGUCCGAGGAGUUCCGCACCUUCGUCUUCGUGGAAACCGUCUUCACGGCCGUCACAGCCUAUCAGAACCAGCUGAUAACCAAACUGAAGAUCGACAGCAACCCGUUCGCUAAAGGUUUCCGGGACUCGUCGCGGCUGACGGACAUGGAGAGGGAAAGUGUUGAGAACCUGAUCCACAAGCACUCAUACGCCCGGUCGCCGAUCAGGACCUACACUGGGGACGAGGACAACCUGGGUGAGGACAUCCACUCCGCACACGCCAGAGGUUCAGCGUUCUCCGCCUCAGACAACCUGUCUCUCAGCUCCUGGGUCACCACCACGUCGGGCUUCUCUGGCUUCCAGCACCCCCAGUCCCUGUCAGCGAUGAGCGCUGGUGCCGGCUCCCUGCCCCACCCCAUCCAGGGCUCCCUCCCCUCCUACAGCCGGCUGGGCAUGCCGCUGACUCCCAGUGCGCUGGCCGGCACCAUGCAGGGCAGCGGGCCGUCCUUCCCUUCCUUCCACAUGCCCCGCUACCACCACUACUUCCAGCAGGGGCCCUACGCCGCCAUCCAGGGACUGCGCCACUCCUCCACGGUCAUGACGCCCUUCGUAUGACUCCGUCCUGGGGAGGAGGCGACCGGAACCUCACACUAGCGUCCAGUGCAACCAGUUCCUCCUCCACGCCGGCUCAUCACUCCUCAUCCAGUAUCUUUCUUCCGGUGUUUGUAAAUAGUUCACGGCAGCGGGCGAGCGGGCGGUGACACUACGAAGAGGACGUGGCUUCCUGAAGGAGAAUCCAGAAGAAGAAAUGAGGACUGAAGGAACCCUGAGGAAACACCAGCAGCCUCCAGGGUUUCUUUGACAUCUGCAACAUCUCACACAGACAACAAAGGGAGCAUGUUUGAUCUUGGCCCUUGAAGAACAGUGGAUCCUCAAUUCAAACCAAAAUCUAACAAUAUCUAGAUUCAAGGUCUCUACUGGCGACAGGGUCUCCACCCAGCGUUACACACGGCAGGCUGCUGUGUGAUGACCAGUGCAGCCGUCACAUUACUUCCUGGAGAGACUCGUAUCUGACGCUGCAGCACGAUGGACAGCGGAGCUCAGCCCCAGUCUGGGAACUCCUCAGCCUAUCAGAGAGGCCAGCUCAGCUUUUCUGUGUUUUCUAGAAAGCAGCCAUAUGUACAGUACAAAGCUAAACACCCCCCACGCUCUGUUCAAAAAUACUGUUCGAAAAAACACACGUUAAAACACAUUGUACAAAGGUGAAAAUACUGCAUUUACUCAUAGGAAAAUUCUCACUGUAGAGUGCAAAAAAAAAAGAAAACCAUAGGACGCAUGCUGACGCAGUAGACAAACACACUGGGUGAACUCUAUAUGGAAUAUGAUGGGAUGAAUAUGUUCACCUGCAACUGGGGGAAAGGAUGUUUAUUUACUUUCAAGGUCCAGUCAAACCAGCUUUUGAAAGUUCUGCAGAAAUUAGGUCAAUGGAAUGUUUAGAUUUUUUUUUACAGGGGCAAUUCUACACCAUUACCAACUAAAAAGACUCGACACCAAAAACCAAGCUUCUGAUCUGAAGCCUCCAAAAUAAAUACUAAAACAAUUCAUGUGGCUAAUCAGCUCCAUAAACAUUUAUUCUUCUGCUUUUCGAUCAUUGUUUAAUCUUGACAAGAAACUGUCAAAAGGAAUUAAUAAGGAGACAAGAGAUAAUACAAAGACACUAUUGCUGGUAUCUUCCUGGCCUUUUAGCACGUUAGCCGUUAGCUCACAGCCACAGUAGUUGAACACACACACAGACACACACACACAACACACAAACACAACUAUAACAGGAGUGAAGGAUUUUUAUUUCCGUUAAAGGUUGAAAUCAAAGCAGCAUUCAAAACGACAAGGAAAUUAAUCCACUUCAAUUGAUUCUUCAAAAUUUGCCAUUUUUUGCACCUGGCAAAAUCUGCACCAACAUCAUGAUGUGAGAACAACAAGAUGGAAGAAACCGUUUAUUGAUUAAAAAUGUUAGAGUAAAAAAGAAAACUAAACCGAACUAGAGGAGCUUCUUUGAGUGUUUCCAGCUACAGUUGUUCACCAGUUCUUUACUUAUGAAGUGAUAGAUUUCAUUGUUCCGCUCUCUGUUGUGACUGAAACUCAAUUCAAGUUCACUAAAACCUCUUUUUCUUAUCAUUUUAAUUCAAUAUUUCAAGUGUGUGAAACGGCCCCUGAAUGUUUUCACUCUGUAUCCACUGAUCUGAAAACAAACGGGCUCUGGAAUCUCUUCACGUCUGAACACAGAAACAUUUGAGGUGUGGUUUGUAAUCAGCUUCUUCUCUUAACGUUUCCUCGGCCGGCUGUGGACCGCAGCCUUGUAGCAGGCGCCGCUGAGCUGAUGCAUGGCGGCGUCGGAGCGUCGACAGGGCGUCCACACCUGGAACUAAUGGCUCUGUGCAGUUUGGGUUCAAAAGGGAGGAGGAGCCGACUCUCACACUCUAGAGCUGCAGCUGAGUUUCAAUGUAAAACUGAUCAGAGGGAUUUAUUUAGAAAUAAAUGAGAAAUCAUGCAGAGGGUCCUAGAAACUGGAAAAAGUUGGCUUAUGGUCAAAAUAUUAAUUUAAAAAACCAUUAAGAUUAUUUUUUUCAACUUUAAAAAGAUCUAUAAUAACUAUUAUAUUCGAUUGGAUUGUUAAAUUAAAUAUUUUUUCCACAGAAAUACACAACAAUUUCCUGGAGCUCAAACCACAUUUAUUCAGACUUGUUCAAUUCAACAGUCCGCGAUGCAUUAUAACAAAACUUCUACAUCACUAUUAAUAUUAUUUAUUCAAGAAAAACAGAAAACACUGAAACACACAUUUGCGAAACUGGACCCACAGAAUUUUGGGCAUUUUUUGUGUAAAAUUUUAAUAUAAAAAAAUUCUUGAUUUUGAAAAUUUUAAGAAUGAAAAGAUAAUCAAAUAAAUGUUUGUUCCUUUUGCUGUGGAUCAAAUAACGGAUUAGACGUUGAAGGCACCACAUCAAAACUCUUUAUCUUAUAUAUUUAUUAAUAUUUGAUUUUCAAAAUCAAAUAAAUAUCAUUAUCGGCCUAUAGAAUCCAGUUUGGUUUGAGCUGAACCAAAAGACAUGAACCAAAAUUCAGUCGGACUCAUUCGACCUGUUCAAGUAUUUAUCGUCUAUUCGAGACUCGUUUUCUCCUGCAGCUCUGUUAAGUUAAAAUAAUGAAAUCAUUCAGUGUUUCUGUUUCAGAAGGAGAUUGUUUUUCCUGUUGAUGUAUAAAUUCCUAAAGACCAGAUCUAAGAAGCAGCGUCGGGUUCAGUCAGAGACGUGUGUGCAAUGAACAAAGAUGUUUUCAGUGCUCGGACAAAAUCUCACUCUGUGUAAAAUCUGGUUUCACAAACACUGUAAAUGUUCCCGUUUGAAUUUUGCCAUAGUUUCACAUCACAAGACGCCUGUUUGUGUAGAAAAUGGACAUGAAUGUUCUUUUUGACUCAUAAUAAUGUGGAAACAGUUGAUUUAUUCUUAUCUGUGAGUUGAGAAACAAGAGCUUUGAUCCUUCUCUCCAGUAGUUUCCAUCUUUCCACUUGUACAACACAACAACACAACAACACACUUUGAAGCUAACGCACAUUCCUGUUUUACCACUGAGAAUGAUCUCUCUUUCCUUCCUCUUAUUUUUUGUUUCCUAUUAUAUUCCAUAUUCUGAAUAUGACACCGGAUGAGAUUGUGUUUUUGAUGAUUUUUUUUGUUUUAAGUGCAAUAUAUUUAUUUUGCUCUCUGGAAAUAAUGUGUAAUGUACCAUAUGCCGCAUUAAAAAAAAGUAGUUAUUUGUAAACCUUGAGAAAUAUAUAUCACCACUCAAACACGUUGAGUUCUUUUUCUUUUCGGGGAUGUCGUGUACGUUUCUCCUUCACAGUGAAUCACAGGUUGUCAGAAAUAAAUGAAAUCAUGAGAUGAUUUAAAAUC